CGACAGAGGUUCGUCUGGCUCCGAAAUAAUCGGUUUCGUUUUUCGUGACAGCUGAAAGUAAGGAGUAGAUAUGGCAGCGGCUGUCGAUGAAGUGCGCGAUGGCCUCAUGGAGGAUUGGAAUAUCCUGGAGAACGUGUUCAAGCUGCUCCAAAGGGAAGACACCUUCUGUGCCGAUCCGCAGCAAUGGGACAAGCAAAAAAUUGUGCCCUUUUUGCAGCCCGAAAAGUUGAAGGAACUGAUUAAUCUGAAGGUCCGAGAGACAGAAAAAUGCACGCUUGCCGAGAUCGAGGCGCUGUGUCAGCAGGUGAUACAUUACUCCGUGAAAACAUCGCACGGACGCUUCCACAAUCAGCUCUUCGGGCAACUCGAUCCCUUUGGAUUGGCGGGAGCAGUGAUCACCGAGGCCAUGAACGGAAGCUCCUACACAUAUGAAAUCGCACCUGUAUUCAGCCUAAUUGAGACGGAAAUUAUCUCAACCGUAUCCAAACUGGCCGGCUACAAGGAAGGCGAUGGCAUCUUCGCUCCCGGCGGCUCCACCUCCAACAUGUACGGCAUUGUCCUGGCCCGCUACAAGAUCGCGCCCGAGGUGAAAACCUCCGGAAUGUUCGGAAUGCAGCCCUUGGUCCUCUUCACCUCGGAUCAAUCCCACUACAGUUUCAUGAAGGCCGCCAACUGGCUGGGAUUGGGCAGUGACAACUGUGUGUCGGUGAAAACCAACCAGCUGGGACAGAUGCAAAUGGACGAUCUGGAGGCAAAGAUCCUAGAGGCGAAAGCACGUGGUGGUCGGCCCUUCUUUGUGAACUGCACUGCGGGAACCACGGUACUAGGUGCAUUCGAUGACAUCAAUGGGGCUGCCGAUGUGGCGGAACGUCAUGGUCUUUGGCUCCAUGUAGACGCGUGCCUGGGCGGAGCUUCACUGCUGUCCCAUAAACACCGAUCCCUAAUCGCUGGCCUGGAACGCGCCAACUCCUUCGCUUGGAAUCCGCAUAAGACCCUUGGGGCUCCGAUGCAGUGUUCGCUCUUUUUAACUCGAGAAACGGGCCGUUUGCUGGAGAGAUGCAACAGCACCGAGGCGCACUAUCUGUUUCAGCAGGACAAGUUCUACGACGUCUCUUACGACACCGGAAAUAAGAGUGUCCAGUGCGGCAGGAAGAUCGAUGCCUUCAAGUUUUGGCUGAUGCUGAAGGCACGCGGAUACGGAAAGUACGGACUCCUCGUGGACCAUGCCAUCGGAAUGUCCAGAUUAUUGGAGGAUAAGAUACGCAAGCGCAGCGAUCGCUACAGAUUAGUGCUUCAGAAGCACGAGUAUUCCAAUGUCUGCUUUUGGUUUAUUCCAAAAGCAAUGCGGGUGUCCUCCAAGGAGGAGACCCCCGAGUGGUGGGAGCGCUUGUACACGGUGGCUCCAAAGAUCAAGGAGCAGAUGACCCACAAUGGAACUUUGAUGAUUGGUUACUCGCCCCUCAAAGCUCACAAUCUCGGCAACUUUUUCCGCAUGGUUUUGACGUGCUUCCCCAUCCUUAAAAGUGAAGAGCUGGAUUUCAUCCUGGAUGAGAUUGAACGCUUGGGAGACAAAAUUGACCUUUAAUUGGCAAGCAAUUUAUUGAUUGAAAUGAUAUUCAUACUAAAGAUAAAGAUAUUUUUACAAUAAUAAACUGGAUUUUCUUUACACU